AUGUGUACGCAAUCAAUUCCAUACGCAGUCGCCGUCAAGGUAUUCAGGAGCCGUGACGUCGACGCCGAAAUCGAAAAUCUUAUGUGUCUCAAAAAGCUUACGAACAAUUUGGGCAGUAAACAUCAAAGUUCCCUACACCAUACGAUCCUCAGAUUCGGCGACCCUGAAUCACCGCUUGUAAUCUUUCUAUUUGCAAGUCUAGGCAAUCUUUUACAGUUCUUGGAGGUUGGAGAUGGGAAUGAAACUUUUGCUAAGCUGGACUUCUCGGAGAGGUUCCCUUCUACGUCUCAGGCGGGCCGAACCUUAUGCAAAAAAUUGCUCCUGAAUCUAUUCAGGCAGUGUUUGACUUUGAGUGGUGCUCUUCGAUUCGUGCAUGGCACCAUUGAACAUGAGGACAAAGUUUACUUACUGGCUCAUCUCGAUUUAAAACCCGAUAACAUCAUCAUAUCUGCGGGUGGUCUAGCUAGGACUUGGAAGCUUGCUGAAUUUUGGUAUCUCUGUCAUAAGAUGCCAGUCAGGGCUUGUCAACAGUCCUGGGAAUACCGAUAUGGAUCCGAUUCUGGCCGGUGGUGGCGCCGGAGAUUGCUCGAGCAGAAGACUGGGAAAAAAUACGUGUGCCUAUCAGCCGCAAGAGCGAUGUUUGGUCAUUUGGCGCCAUCACCUCACAAGUUCUCGCUUUUGCGUUGGGAGGGCGAAACGAGUGUGGAGAGCUUCAAAGAUUUGCGAUGUGAUCUAGAUCCUGAGACUGGUUCCCAAACAAUCGAUGACUACUUUUAUUCGAGGAUCAGCCAGCCGCAGCCCGACCGUGGCCAAUCGAUAUCCAACAUCCAGAAGCUCAGGGCUCGAACGCCACGUGACGAUCGAGGCAGAUAUAGUGCGGGCGCAACUUAUUCAGACCACUUCAUGGUUCGAAAAGGCAUGAAUGAGGUUGUCAGCAGCGAGCCAGAUUGCAAGCCAUGCAUCAGUCAAGCUCUGCAGGUUGAUCCCGAGAGGCGAUCAAGUGCAAAGGAUCUUUUCGACCAGCUACGGCUGAUUUUGUACUUGCCACCAUUUCAUCGGCCGCUACCUAGCCUGAAAACCGGUCAAAUAUCGAUGCGAGGCGUGGCCGUUUGA